UUGCAGACACAUUUUUUGCUUUGGCAGUUGGCGGCUAUUGCAUAUUAUUGGCUGAGCUGAUUUACUGUGACUUGCUGCCAGCUCACAAAUGCAGCCCUGGUAGGCCUUUUGCAUGAGCCAUGUCAAAUAACCUUACGACAAAUGUCGAGGAAGAGCAACGACGGCUUAUUGAAAGGCUAAGGCCAAGCCUUGAGUCUCUCAACCGGAUUCAAGAUCGUAUCAAUUUAGCCAACAGCAAGCAUGUCGCAACAUUACUCGAUUCUGUCGUACAAGUCCUGAACACCACACCAGAUCCCGUCGAGACUGUGACAACCUACCAUAUCACGAGUAUAAUCCAAACUUUGGUGAACUUGUAUCGUCUUCGUGAACAAGGCGAGCCGCUACCGACACAGGUUGCUGAGCUUUGGUUGACAAUUGUUCACAUACUCUUGUCGCGUACUGCUUGGAGAGAGACUAUGGGCCAACAAGAGUUGCAACAAUAUAUUGUUUACUUCACCUUGAACAUCAAUCCAUCGCCCUUCAACGCCGAUAACCAAAUCAAAUCCUCGGAAGAGCUCAAGCACAUCGCAAUUAAUUGUAUCUCGACCAUACUUCCAGCCAAAUAUCAGGAGGGUCGCAAGCUUGAUGAAACUUACGAGGUGGUCUUUGGUGAUCGAGAACAUUUCUGGAAAAAUAUCAUGGCUUUGCGAGACGAGAGUUUUUGGCUACCACUUAAUCACACUCUCAACGUUUUGAGGAAUCUUGCUGUACAAGAGCAGAAGCUACAGCUUCGCCUGGAUGCAAUUCAAACUCUAUCACAAUUGACACUGGAUAAUCUGAUGAACAUUGAUCUACUCGCUUCAAUCAUGGCCGGUCUCACGUCUGGUUUGGCGAAAAUUAUCUUGCAAAAUGGUGAAAAGGAGCAUCAUCAAGUCGUAGUAUCGUCCCUCCAAUUCCUCGGUGACUUCAUUUGUGCUGUUAUGAACGACGAAGAAAAUUUCAUGUUCAUUCCACAAGUAACAGGGCUCAAGGAGUUGUGGGAACUCAACAAGAAUCAAUCUGAUAAAGAGAGUAAAGAUGAUCAACCUGACGUUAAGCAGGACAUACCCUCUGCUACCAAAGGAGGGAAUCCGUCGAGGAAAGUUGAAAGGACGAAAGGAUGGUUCGCGUAUACCAAAACACGCUUAAGGGAUUUGAUAUCCAAUGUUCUAAAACUGCGACAGCACCCAGAUUGGCGAGCAAGGAUUGCGUUCGUCAACUUUGCUUAUGACAUUUGUGCAAAAUGUGCAAUGUCCAUGGAAGACUCAGUACCGAUGCUAAUUGAAACUAUGGUGUUAUAUGUGGAUGAUGAAUACCCUCCGGUAUCCCAAAUCACCAAGCAGCAUCUUCAAGCUCUUUCUAUCUCCAAGGAAUUUGCAGAUAUUUUGUUACCCAUGGUCAAGGAGAAGUUGUAUCAGUGGAUGACGGCACUUCCUCGAUAUAUUUUGUCUGGAAACGAUAAGGAGCAGAGAAGCGCAAUAUCAAUGGUUAUUGGAUUUACGACCUUACUGGGACCCGAACUUCAGACGUCACUCGACUUGAAUUUUCCCAAAAUCAUUGAUAGUUGGCUCAGUAUGAUGGAAUAUGACCACAACGACCUCCGUAUGGUUGAAGAUAGAGGAGACGCCGUCCGGUAUCAGGAGCUACAAGAAUCAAAUUUAGAUCAACCAUCAAAUACAAAAUCACAAUUUCCAGUAUACCCCCAAAUUCACUUUAAGCAUAUCAAUUCGGAUAGUGCAACCAACCAACUUGCGCUCAUGUUUCAGCACCUUGGAAAAUAUGGAGAUAUUCGAACAUUGACUGAUAUGUUUAUGACCAAAUUCUUUGAAGGUACUAAUCCCAAGUGGCAGCCUCAGUGUGCAUACACAAUCAUACACUUGUUGAUUGGAAAUGCAGAAUCACCAUCCGAUAAUCAAGACGGGCUGUCCAGGGUGGUGAAAUCCGUGUUGAACCAGUUUAUUGAACUUGACCUUACCCAAAUUGAGGCAAUGCAAAAUGGAACCAACAACGCUUUGACUACUUUUAAACCACAACGACAUACCCCAAUGUCCAAUGUCUACUCUACGGCCACAGUCAUCACUAUUUGCAACUGCCUGCAUGCCAUCGGAAUAACAAUACGUCUCAUGUCAAAGAAAGCAGUAACUUCCGAACUCAUCACUCUUUUAUAUCCUCUCUUGUCGUAUUAUGGAUCGACUAAUCUACAUGUACAUACGUUUGCCAAAAUCACUCUGGAGACAUUAUGUCAACGAUGUGAAUACGACAAUGUGAAAAGCUUGAUUAUCGACAACAUUGAUUAUGUUAUCAAUGAAAUCUCUCUUCGAUUGCCCUCCCUGCUCAGCAAUCUUUCCCUCCCCCAUGUCCUUCAAGCACUGAUCAAGCUUGGUGAUAUGAAUGCUGUGAAAUAUCUUGAUGACUCCAUUGACGAAAUCUUCGAAGCUUUGGAUCGAUAUCAUAUGAACCAAAUUAUUUGCAAGGAUUUGUGCGCUGUGUUGAUCGAAAUUGUUCUCGCAGUCGAACAUGAUCAUUUACUCCAUCACCCGCAGCAAGAAAAGGCUAUGGACGUGGACGUAGUCGCAAACACAAGUUCGACUUCGAGCGAAGUAGCAGAGUUCAUCCGUACUCAGAAGAAACAGCAAUCACUCGCGGCAGAGGCUGGAGAUGAUAAGGAACAUACUAGCAUGGAAGAGAUUGGAAAUUACUUCUUAGAGCAGCAAAGGAUGAAAGAAGAGGCCGUGGAUGCGGAAAGUAGUGAUAUGCAAGAUGAGUCCAAUCCGGUGACCGAGAAUGAUCUUCAGGAUCUCGAAGACAUGGCGCGUGCAGAUGCAGAACAACGUGAGCGCGAAAAACGAGAUCAGGCUCCACUGCCUAGUUAUGAGCAAAAACGAAUACUGGACAUUCUUCGAAAAACGCACCAUUUCCUCACCUCACCACAACCACAACUACGUUCCCAAAUUUUGCUUCUCAUGACGGCGGCCAUACCUAUUUUAGCUGAUAAUACCAAAGAAUUGUAUCCAAUUGUGCACACCAUUUGGCCCGCCAUUGUACGCCGACUGGAUGAUACAGAGCAUUAUGUGGUGAUGAAUGCGACUUCCUUACUACAAACUAUCGCGGAAUUCUGUUCUGAUUUUUUGACUCAGCGAGUGGUGGCGGACGUUUGGCCCCGAUUCCAACGGGUAUUGGAUCAAGUAGCAAAGCUACAGCGAAGCAACAAGCAGGUCUAUGCUUCGGUGUCAAACAAUAAUGCAUAUUCAGUGUAUUCUAAAGAACAUAAGCUGGUAUACUCUAUACUGAGCACUCUGAAAGAGAUCGUAGAAUAUGUACCUCUCAAGCAUCAAACUCUGCAAGAAACUGUCGCCAGUGCUCGAUGGUAUCUCGCUGAACCGGAUUGGCAUCCCCAAAUUCAAGACGCUGCUGUCAGUUUGUACAAAGCUUUGUAUCAAAAAUAUCCCGAUAUCACUUGGCUUUCGUGUCUUAGUUUGUUGGGUCGUCAGCAAUUGAUAGAUAUCAGCCAAGACGCUCUGCUCAAGCAAAAUGUGGCUUCGGUCAAGAUUCCGGACUGGUUUGAACAGGGCGCUAGCCGUGACUUUGCUAAGAAUGUCAGCCGCGUAUUAUACGGGCAAGGAUGAAUGGAGUAUUGUAUGAUUACUUUGAGCCGGUCGUAUAGACGUCGGGUGUGCGUAAUUUUGAAGCGUACGCAAUAUCAUCCAUAGAUUAUCGAUUUUGCAACAGCAAAAUAGAUCAUGUAAUUAGAUCAUUUAAUACACAUUU